AAAAUAUUUUUAUGUUUUUGUCCAAUUACAUAUAAAAACAACUUUAAACCUUCAUUCUUUGCAAUUUUCAGUUCUAAAUUCUUUCCCAUUCUCCUUCCCCUUCCCCUUCAUUGAGAAGGCAAGCAGUUUGAUAAAGGUUAUAUAUGUGUAGUCAUGCAAAACAUAUUGUAAGAAACAUUUAUUAACUAUCUGCUACCCAACAGGUUUGUGGCAUUGUGUUAGCCAGCCCCUGGACAUACAAAGAUAUAUAAGGAUGCAGACUUAUCAGAGACUUGACAAUCCUCAGAAGCUUGGGGAGGGAUAAGGGGAAGGCAUGUACACAAAAUAAUACAAGGCAGACAGAGAGAAGUGCAGAAAAGAAGUCUUUGAAUGAAGUGUUUAGUAGAGAAAUUUGCAGAAAAGGGAGAUCAUUUUCACCUGGGAUUCAGGAAAUUUUCUUGGAGGAGGUGACACCAUCAUUAAAGGAAAAGGAAGGGGCCUGGAAGGAAGUACAUUCAAGCUACAUACAUACAAGGUAUGGUUACAUAAGAUACAUAUGUAUCUUAUGUAUGCAGUUGCCUGGGGAGGAACUCCAUUAAUGUUAUUGCUUUUUACUUCUUUUCUUUUAGGUUGUUAUUCACUUCUGUGUAUUUGAAUUCUCAGUUUUAUUGUUCUGUCUUUUGUUUCUUUGGUGCAGCUUGCCAUUGCAAAUUCAAUUUUUUCUAUUCAGCUCCUUAUUUUUGCAGGGCAAACUAUAAGUACUGCUCUCAUAAUUCUCACUUCUCUCUCUCUUAAAAAAAAACAAAAACCCUUACCUUCAGUCUUAGAAUCAGUACUGUGUAUUGGUUCUAAGGCAGAAGAGCAGUAAGGCACCACUAGGCAAUGGGGGUUAAGUGACUUGCCCAGGGUCACACAGCUAGGAUGUAUCUGAAGCCAAAUUUGAACCCAGGACCUCCAGUCUCCAGGCCUGGCUCUUAAUCCACCCAGUGCUCCCUCUCAUUUCUCUUUUAAACCACUCAGAAACAGGGUGUUGUGGUUCCAUGUUCUCACAUUCCACAGAGUCCCCUUAUCAUCAAGUGUUGGACCAUUUCCCUUUGUUUUUGUAGUAUUUUUUGUCUUGUUUUGUAGCAUUUAUUUACAUUUCCUUCUCUUGCUACUAUUUUUUCCUGUUAUCUGUUUAUAUUUGAGGUCUUUGAGAUUCUUUCUUCUUGAAAUCUUUGGCAUUCUCAGUCUCUCCCUUCCCUUCUUAUUUUUCAUAUUAUUCACUUUCUGAAUCCCUCCCCGAUGAUGGUGGUUUCCUUGAGGGCUAGAUCUCAAAUUGUUUAGUCAUUCCUUAAUAUAUUGUUCUUACUUUACAGGAAACAUUUUUAAAAUUUAAUAUUUUUUCAAUUACAGGUAAAAAAUUUUAACCUUAAUUUUUUACCACUGAGUUCCAAAUUCUUUCCCCUGCUCCCUCCCAAAGAUGAGCAAUUCACAGUUCACCAGCCUAGGUCUUCUGGUCCCAACUGGAUACUGUGCUCUUUCCCCUCAGGUUUGGUGGAGUACAACAGUACAGACCCCUGAACACAGUGUCCUGACAUAGUGAGCUGUCCCAUCCCCUCUGCUCCUUAGUUCUCUGGCUCAGAACCAGCAGUUCAGAGUUUUGCAGCACUGGUGCUUCAGGACUGUAGCCCACAGCAGACUUUUGUUCCUGAAAGAUGUGGUUAAGCUGGCUGCUGAGGCUGAUGCAGAUUUCCAAAGCCUGUAGCUGGGGUUUCCAAGGCACUAGAAAGAGGGAGGGAUUGGGAUAUAGAGGUGAGUUUUGAUGCUAGCUGGUAUGGUUCCCUUGGGUCUGCUAGUACAGACUUGCUGCUGGGAAGUGGGGGAAAGGUGAUAAAUGAGCUCAAGAUAAGUGAGCAUCCCUUCCUGUCUUUUUUUUUUUAACUUUUUUGGGAUUCUAGGUGUCCUAAACCAUGGAAACAGUGGAAGUUGCCUUAUCUUUGGCACAUAAUUUGUGUUUUGGAGAAGUCAUGGGGAUUGGAGAAAAUGUUUAGUCCCCCAUCUGAUUACCUAUAUGACCUGAAAAUUUUGUGAAGGAAUUUCAAGUUGGAGGGAGGGGGGGAAAGCAAUCUAAUUGUUUCUUAUUCCUUUUGAACUUUGUUGAAAGGUACUAUGGGAGGAAUCUCCUAGUAUAAUGGAUAGAGGGGUAGCUUUGGAGUUAGGGGGAAUUGGGUUCAAUUCCUGACUCUAGCUGAGUGAGCAUUGUUAAGCUGCUUAAUCUAUAAGUGUCCCAAACAACUAAGUAAUAAACUUGCAAUUGUGGGAGUUUUAUUACAAGAAUUCCAAACCACACUGAUGAAAUCACAAGUCUAGAUACAAAAACAAAAGCUAAUACCUACCUUCCUGUCCUAGAAAAGGAACAGAAUGUUGUAGUGGAAAGAAUAUUGGAUUUGGAAUUAGAAUCAUAGAAUCUGAGAGUUGAAAGGGAGGUGCUAGUUCAAUGAAUGAAACCCACUAUAGUAUACAAAACAAAUGGUUCUCUAAAUUCUGCUUAAAGACCUACAAGGAGGAGGUUAUUGAGCUGUAAUUUACCUCUUUGGGACUUCUGCUCUGCAACUACCCUCUGCCAGACAGAAAAAGUCUAACCUCCUUUACAUGACAGCUUUUCAGAUACAUGAAGCCAGCUUGCCAUGUCCUUUCCCCAGGAUGAAUGUUUUUAGUUCCUUCAAAAGACUUUUUAUAUCAAAGACUAGUCCUUCACCAAUCUCAUUGCCCUGCUCUGAAUGCUUUCCAGCUAAUCAAUGUCCUCUUUAAGUCAUGCAAGAGUUCAUUUGAAGUCUCUCUCAUGAGGGCAGAGCACAGUGGGACUAUCAACCCUCCCUAAGCAUUCUUGGAAGUUAUAUUCUCAAAGUAGCCCCUCUGCAGCUCACAUGAUUUUUUUGGCUGCCCCAUCACAUCACUCUCAGAUUGAGUUUACAAUCCAUAAAAACCCUCAGAUCCUGUUCAGAACAACUGUUAUUAUCCGGGGUGUCCCAGUUUAGUGCCCUUUGUAAAUAUGUGGAGCAUGCCAAUUAAGCCUUUAUCCAAGUUAUUGAUAAAAAUGUUAAAUAGCACAGGACAGAGAUCUCUGGAUGGAGACAUUUUAUCAUGAUGAUAUUGAACCAUAAUAGCUACUCUUCAUUCAGUUCAUUCAACCAGUUUGGAAGCCAUCUAACCUUUACCUCAUCUUCUCUGUGAGAAUACAUGAGAUAUUUCAUCAAAAAUUUUAUUAAAAUAUAGGUAAAAUAUAUCCACAACAUUCUUCCCCAUCUAAUAGUUUAAUGAUCCUGUCAAAAUGGAAAAUGAAGCUAGUCUGGCAUGACUUGGCUCUUUGGAGUCUCUCCCUGAUUUCCUUCUCAUAUAUCCAUCCACCAUUUCUUUUAUUUUCCCAGGAAUCAAAGUCAAAUCCAUUGGUCUAUUAGUUGUAUACUAUUCUCUUCCCUUCUUGGAAAUUUCCUUUUUAAAAUAUCUGUCCUUUCCCAGUCCUGUGAUGCCUCUUCCAUUUUCCCGGAUCUUGCAAAUCUCACUGACAGUGACUGCUCAGCAUGUAGUUUUUUCAGGACCAGAGGAGCCAAGAGAUUCGAAUUCAUCUAGGGCAGUGAGGUCUUCAAUAGCCAUCACCUUCCUUAUCUUUGGUAUCAUCCCUCCUAGUUAAUCGUUUUUGCUGUCAUUUCCAAUCUGAAUUCUCCUUUACAGAGAAAAUACAAAAGUAAGCUGAGUUCUGCGUAACGAGGACGUAGUUCUGACAAAUGUCAGAGCCUCAGUUUCCUCAUCUACAAAAUGACGAUUGUUGCCAUGGUAGAUGUUCCUGAACUACAAGUCAGUGAGGGGAUUGGACGAGAAGAUGCCUGAUGUACCUUCCAGCUCAAGAAGAGGAUGACAGGAAUAAUCUAGUGUUUUAAAUGAGUCAUUUCCUUUGAUGCUCUCAACAAUUCCACUUUGUGGAUCAGAAAACUAAGGCGAUUCAUGGUAAGCGACUUGCUGAGGCUCGCCCAAUUGGUAAGUGUCAUCUGGGGCAUAAAUCUAAAUUCCUGUUUUCCUGUCUCUACGGACCAUGACAUGAGCCCGCUUGCUUUUUGCCUUUCUUUUCCUGAACCUCAGUUUUCUCGUCUGUAAAAUGGAGGUUCUGGGCAGGGUGACUGCCGAGGCCUCGGCCUUUUCCCGGCCUAUGGUCUGGCCCUCCAUCAGUCCGGCCAAGACUCCGCCUUCCCUCCGUCCGGCGAGAGAGUUCGCAGGUUCUGGGCGGGGUCCAGACACAGUGUGACGCCACAACAAAACAAGCUCCCCAUGAGGUCACUGCGGGACAAGCUGGGGGAGGGGCUUCUGGGGGCGGUUCCUCCAGGGGUGGGGCCCGUAGGCCCCGCCCUUCUCUCCAUCCGUCCUCCCGCCUCGCGCCUUUUCUGCCUCAGCGCCCCGCUUUGCUUCAGCCCCCCGCCCAGCUUUCCACUUGCCGCCCCGCUCUCUCGGGGAGGUCCGCAGUCAUCCGGGGUUUUGUAGCAGCAGUAGCAGCGGCCGCAGCAGCCCUAGUCAUUUACUGGAGUCCCUGGAGGCUCCGCCUCUUUCUCACAUCUCGCCCAAUGAGGAACGGGCCGGUGUAAACGUGAGGCCUGGGCAGUGAUUUCUGCUUUGAUUGAUCGACAGGUAAACCAAUCGGGGGACGGCGUGAGCCCGGAGCCUUACCAAUCCAGAGGCAGAGGUGGGACGGUGCAGGCGCAAAGUGCGGGGGGUUUGGUAGAAGAUGAUUUAAAGAGACAGAAGCCGCCGGGGCCUCAGCGGACGGUCCUUAAGACUUUGCACUCUUGAGUCCCCGGGACCCCGGUCCCCAGAGCCGGGAAGAUGGUUUGCGGUGGCUUUGCCUGCUCCAAGAACGCCCUAUGUGCGCUCAACGUGGUCUACAUGCUGGUGGGGCUGCUGCUGAUCGGAGUGGCUGCCUGGGGUAAGGGUCUGGGGCUGGUGUCCAGCAUCCACAUCAUUGGGGGAGUCAUCGCAGUGGGGGUCUUUCUCCUCCUCAUUGCCGUGGUUGGACUCAUUGGUGCGGUCUAUCACCACCAAGUUCUUCUUUUCUUUUAUAUGAUCAUACUUGGUUUGGUUUUUAUCUUUCAAUUUGGAAUCUCUUGUUCCUGUCUGGCAAUUAACAAAAGCAAACAGAAAGAUGUCAUCAGCACCUAUUGGUUUGUCAUGAAUAACAAGACCCGGAAUGAACUAGAGACAAGUUUGGAUUGCUGUGGCCUCUUCAACUCAACGGCCUUAUACUUGCAAGACUAUGCUUUCUGCACUGCACACUGUAAGACCCAUGGCUCAAAGUGCCAGGUUUGUGGAGACAAAUUCCUUAAACAUUCAGAUGAAGCACUGAAAAUCCUGGGGGGUGUUGGACUCUUUUUCAGCUUUACAGAGAUCCUAGGUGUGUGGCUAGCAAUGAGAUUCCGGAAUCAGAAGGACCCUCGAGCCAAUCCCAGUGCCUUCCUUUAAAGACCUCUGAUGCCCAUGAUCCUUCUUUUCCCCAGUCUCCCUGAUGGUGGGGAUUCUGGGGCCUUUUCCAUGUAAGGAAAAGAGAAGAGGCCCUUCUUUGCUAAAACCCCUAAGCUGAUUGGACUGGUAGGCUUCUGUCCUUGACAUGAUGUUUUAGGGAUAGGCAGAGAUAGGAAGAUUCUGAGCAUACCCCUGUACCCAAAGGAGGGGAUGGUAUUUAUCAAGUGCAUGUGAUUGAAUGGGGCAGGAAGCCCCCUGCAAACUCCAACCCUGCCAGCCUCCCCCCUAGACUGGCUUGAUCUAUCUUACCCUGCCCCAAAUUAAUCACAGCAAAGACACACAGCCAAUCAGCCAGAAUGGAAGCAAUUUCUUUGGGGGUGGGAUGGGUGGGUAAGAGUUCUCAUGUCACUGAGAACAUAGGCUUUGUAUUUUUGAAUAUAGUGUAGUGAACGUAAAAAUAAAAACCUUUUUAACCCUGUA